AUUCACAACGAGGCACAACUAUCAUUCAUUCGCUUGGAAUUUGAGGAUUGUUUUCGUUGAUAUUUUACUUGAAUGCUUGUCCAUCUUUCUGACGGAUUUUACAAGACUGCUGUUUCUGUUUGCCGAGAUAAUUUCAAACAAUGAGACGGCAAGUACUGGUGUUCAUUUCGAUCCUCUCUCUUAGUUCAGUCUUCGGCCAAGUCAGUUACUCUAUUUCGGAGGAAAUGGCGAAAGGCUCUUUGGUUGGUAAUAUAGUUCUGGAUUUAGGUUUAGACGUUAAACGGCUGAGGUUGGGUAACGCUCGUGUUUACUCUGGUGAUAGCAGAGAAUACAUCGAGCUGAACAGCGAAAGAGGAGUCCUCCUUAUUAAAGAGAGAAUAGACAGAGAGGCGUUGUGCGGUGAUACGACUCCGUGUGCUGUGCAUUUUCAGAUUGUGUUAGAGAAUCCUAUGGAAUUUUACAGCGUAACGGUUGAAAUUACAGAUAUUAACGACAAUGCACCAACCUUCGAAAAAAGCGAAAUUAAAUUCAUAAUUAGCGAGUCGGCAGUUGUUGGGUCCAAAUUUGAUUUAGAAAGAGCAGUUGAUUUGGAUGUAGGUAUAAACAGUCUCCAAAGUUACGUACUUAAGCCAAGUGAUAAUUUUUUACUUAAACUGCACAACCAAGCCGAUGGGACAAAGAAUGUUGAGAUGGUCUUACAAAAACCUCUGGACAGAGAGAAAAAUGAGUUCAUUUCUUUGGCGUUGACGGCUUUAGAUGGAGGAGAGCCACAGAUGUCAGGAACAAUGCAGAUUAUCAUCACAGUGUUAGACGUCAAUGACAAUGCACCUGUUUUUACACAGCCGAUAUACAAAGGCACUGUCGCUGAAAAUGCUGCAAAAGGCACGAUCGUGACCACUGUCAGUGCGUCAGAUGCUGAUCACGGAUUAAAUGGUAAAAUAACAUAUUCAAUCACAAACACGUUAGAUGACGUCAGACAUAUGUUUGAUGUAAAUGACGAUAGUGGUGAGGUUAGGUUAACUGGACAUUUGGAUUAUGAAAAGAAACGAACUUUUCAGAUAAAUGUACGCGCAAGAGAUAACGGGGGGUUAACGGAUUCUUGUAAAGUUAUUGUCGAUGUCGUCGAUAUAAAUGACAAUGAACCAACGAUUAAAAUAAUGUCUAAAUCAGCUAUCAUAUCAGAGAAUGCAAACCUUAACACAGUCGUUACAAUGAUUAACAUACAAGACCCAGACUCAGGUGAAAAUGGUAAAGUUCAGUGUUUUAUAAAUGACAAUAUUCCUUUCGUUUUGAUAUCGACAUCAAAUAAUUUCUAUAGUUUAGUGACAGACAGUGAUCUGGACAGAGAGAGAGCCUCUGAGUAUAACAUAACUGUGACCUGCUCUGAUGAGGGAGUGCCCUCCCUCUCCAGCAGCGUCACUCUCACCUUACAGAUCUCUGAUGUGAAUGAUAACGCGCCUGUCUUUGAGAGGAGCUCAUAUGAGGCCUACAUUGUAGAAAACAACACACCAGGUCUCUCCAUAUUCACAGUGAAAGCCAGAGACGCUGACUGGAACCAGAAUGCCCGUGUUUCUUACAUACUGGAGGACUCCUCUGUUAACGGAGUGCCAGUCUCCUCAUAUGUGUCCGUUAGUGCUGAUAGUGGAGUCAUCCAUGCUGUGCGCUCUUUUGACUACGAGCAGAUCAAAGACUUCCACUUCCGCGUCAAAGCGCAGGAUAGAGGCUCUCCUCCACUCAGUAGCAAUGUGACUGUGAAAAUACUGAUCCAGGACCAGAACGACAACCCUCCUCAGGUUCUGUACCCAGUCCAGACUGGUGGCUCUCUGGUGGCUGAAAUGGUGCCUCGUUCAGCAGAUGUGGGCUAUCUGGUCACUAAAGUGGUGGCUGUUGAUGUGGACUCUGGACAGAAUGCCUGGCUCUCCUAUAAACUGCAGAAAGCCACAGACAGGGCGCUGUUUGAAGUGGGCUUACAGAAUGGAGAAAUAAGAACUAUCCGCCAAGUCACUGAUAAAGAUGCUGUGAAACAAAGACUGACUGUUAUAGUGGAGGACAACGGGCAGCCCUCUCGUUCAGCUACAGUCAUUGUUAACGUGGCGGUGGCGGACAGCUUCCCUGAAGUGCUGUCUGAGUUCACUGACUUUACACACGACAAGGAGUACAAUGACAACCUGACUUUUUACUUAGUGUUGGCUUUGGCUGUAGUUUCCUUCCUCUUCAUCACGUGUUUAGUGGUUAUUAUAUCAGUGAAAAUCUACAGAUGGAGACAGUCUCGCAUCCUGUAUCACUCCAAUCUCCCUGUGAUUCCAUAUUAUCCACCACGUUAUUCAGACACUUUGGGGACAGGGACUCUCCAACACGUGUACAAUUACGAGGUGUGCAGGACGACUGACUCCAGAAAGAGUGACUGUAAGUUUGGCAGAGCUGGUAGUCAGAACGUGCUGAUAAUGGACCCCAGUUCUACAGGGACGAUGCAGCGGAUACAGAGUGAGAAGAGCAUCCUGGAUGAACCAGACUCUCCUCUAGAGUGAAAGCCAGAGACGCUGACUGGAACCAGAAUGCCCGUGUUUCUUACAUACUGGAGGACUCCUCUGUUAACGGAGUGCCAG